GAAGGAAGUUAGGGUUGGGAAUGAGAAUGAUAUUGAUUUUGCGUUAGAGUUUUUUUGUUUUUUUUUUUUUUUUUAAGGGGUCCUGACUUCAUUCCUCCCCCUACUUCAUGCAGAAAUUGAGAAAAUGUCUUCAGAAGAAACAGUAAGUGUUGUAGGAAGUGAGGUAAUGCCUCUUAAGUAUGGUGGGAUGGACUCAGAGAGCAGUCCAUCUAAUUCGGAGAGGACGGUGGAGGGGGUGGGAGAAGAGAGCAGUCCAUCUAAUUCGGAGAGGACGGUGGAAGGGGUGGGAGGAGGUGAGGUAGUUGGAGUUGGGGGGGAUAGUGUACCCAUCACUGUGGUAGAAGUGGAGGGUAGGAGAGAGAGGUGCUAUGAUGUAGAUGCAGACAUAGUGGAGGAAGUGAAGCAGUAUAAGUUUGAACUCGAGACUAGGGAUAGUCUGGAUUACAAUAUAGGGUUGACACAGUUAGUCCCUAACGCUAUGAGGGGGGGUAGUAGGAAAGAUAAGGGGUGGUAUUAUUUCACCCCUAGGGUAGCAAAUAGGGAGAGUAGGGCUUUAUUUACUGUGGGUCCUUCAUCUAUUAAAGGAUGGAAGGAAAAAUUUUUCUUUGUAGAUGAUACGGAGUGGGAGAGAGGGGAUGCCGAGGUAGAAAUGUUGUCUUCCUGGAAGGCUAAGAGAGCCAACCAGAAUAAGUUUAGUUUAAAUGAGGAUGAGGAGGAAGAGGUGGGGAAGUUGGUGAGGGAGUGGGGGAAUUUAGUGAACAUCAUGUACCUCACCAGCGCAGAAUGCAUAGAAGCUGCUGAGCUCUAUGGGCCAAGCGCUUUAAGUGAAGCUGAAAUGGACAAAUUUUUGAGCGUUGCUGGAGGAGUGGCCAUCCCCAAGAAGCCAAGGAAGAAGUCAAAGACUUCAACCAAGCAAGUGGAUGAAGGAGGAGUUGGAAAGGAGGUAAUGCCCAGCACUUCAGCUGGGGUGGAGGAAGAGGUGCCACGGCUGGAGUUGAAGAGGAAGGGUAGGGAGGAAGGAGAGGCACUACAAAAGAAGAAGAAGGUGGUAGAGGAAAAGGAGAGGGGGAGUGAGGUUCCCCUGUUUGUACCUCGGCCUCCUCCUGUUGAGCUCGACCCUGAGCUAAGGGAGUUUGAGGAGGGGGCGGAGGUACGAGCUCCCGGUAAGGGAAAGGGCCUUGUUCCCCCGUUAUCCUUUCAGAGUAGCCUGUUCGAGGCCAAGAACAUGACGGGGGCCAGGAGGUUUAUCAAUUCCACGUUCCCCGAAGUGGACAAGCGUCACGCACGGGACGAGGCUCUGAGGUACUGUGGGGCUUCGGUGGUGAAGCACGUUUUGGAGAGCGCAAGUUGGGUGAAUGGUCUAGCCCAGAAGUUCAUGGAGAGUGUGAAAGAGCGCUCCCUCUUGCAAAGGCAAUGUGACCAGCUGCAAAAGGAGAAGGAAGAGCUGGAGAAGAAAAAUAAAGAAAUGCAAGAGGUGCUGGACGAGGUGGUUCCAGCUGUGAAACGGCUAAAGCAAGAGAGGGCUUUUCUGAGCAGCAAGCUCGUCUUUGAGGAGAGCAAAAGAAAAAUCUCUGAAAGCGAGCGUGAGGCUCAGGAGAAGGAAAUAACGCUGAUGAAGGAGGCUUAUGUGGAGCUGAAGAAGAAUGUGCAGCUAUUGGUGCACAAUGGGAUGGAGGAGCACAUCAGCAACUUCGUCAGCUCCAGCUCGUUUGACAACAUCGUCAACCUCUACCGGCUGCCAACUGCCAUCCUCGCCUUCACAGACUGCAGAAAGAAGGGGAAUGCUGAAUAUCCCGAGGUGGAUAUUACAAAGAUCACCUUUGGCGAGCAAGAAGAGGGAGUGAAGGAGAAUGGUGAGAGCAUGUCAGCAGACUUCCGUCCUCAGAUCAAACUAAGGUGGGAUCGUGAUGCAAACGGACGCACUAUUUUCCCUCUAAAGUUUGACUUUGAGUUCGUUGCAGUGGAAGAAGAAGAGGCAGAGGUAGAGGAAGAUGAAGUGGGGGCAGGAGUGGAAGGAACUGAAGUGGAGGAGAGUCAACCACCUCAGCCAAUGGAGAUUCAUCCAGUUCCUUCUGACGAUGAGCAGCCUCCUCUGCCAGACGAGCAGCAGCCAACACAGCCACCUCUUCUAGCUGAGCAGGAGCCAAUUCAGCCACCUCCUCCAGUAGAGAAAUAAUUUUUUUUUUAAUUUUUCUUUGAUAUUUUUAUUGUAACAAUAGUAAAACAAUCUGUUGUAAUACUUUAUUUGAAUAACAAUUUUGUUUUUGAAAUCAAGUGUUGUGUUUACUUUACGUUUUUGUUGUCUUAUAUUAAUAGAAGAACUGAGAUUACUUGAGAUAUGUUUUGAAGGAAAGUUAAUCAUUUCAGAGAUGAAAUAAAAAGAAGUUAAUCAC